UGAACGGGAAUGCAGUGUGUCGCAAACAGCCGUUCCGUACCGCGCGCACGAUGAAGAGCGUGUCAUCGAGACCGACCAUUCGUUGCUAGUUGUUGAACGUUAAAUACGUUGACAACUGCAGUUGUAGAAUCUCGAAUUGUCAAUUUGACGUUAAAAAAAAAAAAAUUUAAAGUGAAAGUGCCAGCAGCAGAAGUUAGACUUAUAUCUCAAUUUUUGUGAAUAUUUAUAAAGUUUUUUAAAAGUAAAGAAACGAGGAAUUGCUUUAUAAAAUAAGUAAUAAACUGUUUUAAUCAUGAUAAGUGGACGUGCAUUGCAUUUUGUUUUCAAAGUGGCAGAUAGAACAUCAACAGCUAAGUUUUAUCGCGAAGUAUUAGGAAUGAAGGUACUUCGUCAUGAAGAGUUCAGUGAAGGCUGUGAAGCAACCUGCAAUGGACCUUAUGCAAACAGAUGGAGCAAAACCAUGAUAGGCUAUGGCCCAGAAGACACCCAUUUUGUGGUUGAACUCACCUACAACUAUGGAAUCACACAUUAUGAGCAGGGAAAUGAUUUCCUGGGUUUGACCAUACAGUCAAGUGAGAGUCUGAAGAGAGCUGCAGCUAUGAACUGGCCGAUCAAAGAACAGAAUGGUAUGAAGUAUGUAGAAGCACCUGGUGGUUACAAAUUUUACUUAAUCGAUAAACCACAACCCGUUGAUAAAGAUCCAGUUGUCAAAGUGUCUCUGGCGAGUUCGAAUCUAGCUAGAUCCAUAGCAUACUGGAACGGUCUGUUGACGCUAAAGAUCUUCGAGAAGACCGACAAAUCCGUUCUUCUUGGAUUCAGCGACGAUCAAGCCAAACUGGAACUAGUUGAUAUUGGAGAGCAGGUAAACCGAGCGAAGGCAUACGGUCGAAUCGCAUUCUCCUGCCCCUUCGACCAACAGCCAAUCAUCGAUAAGAAGAUUCAAGAGAGCAAGGAAAAGAUACUGACACCCCUUAUAUCCCUUGAUACGCCAGGAAAAGCCACAGUUAGGGUCAUCAUCCUCGCUGACCCUGACAAUCAUGAGAUAUGCUUCGUGGACGACGAGAGCUUCCGCCAGUUAUCGCAAGUCGAUCCAGCCAGUGACGCCGACUUAGAUAAGUUUAUCAAAUCAGAUAAGUCCCGAGCCUAAACCAUCAGAUCUAUGUGUAUCUUGUGAUACGAUCGGAAAAAUACAUAAUAUAUUACUAAACAUUAAUGCGUAUUUAAUAUUACAAAAUUGAAAGAUAUUAUUGUACAAUUUAUCGUGUAAAAACGAAAUAGCUGCAUUUUGUUAUUGCCAUGAAUUACCAUUUUUAAUAGAAACAUUUUAACGUCGAAGUGAAAUGGACCUAAUGCUGCUAUCCUUAAAGUCGCAAAUUCUGUACUAUUAAUUUUAUUUUUAAACGUUCUGAGCGUUAGCUGUAGAAUUUUAGACGAAUUUGAUAUUUAAAACAAGGCGCAUAAUUUACACUUUACAGCUAGUGCCAUACUCAAUAACGAUUUCUAGACAUCUUAUACUGGAUUUCUUUUUCUUUAAACCUGAGUGCACUUAGAUUUACUUGCACAGUAUAACUGUACAAGUAUUUCUAAAGAACAUAUCCUUCUAUGUAUUUUUCCAAUAAAAUAAGUUGUACCGAAAUUUGAUAUACUGAAUGGAAGAUUUGGAUAAAACCAGUACCUUCUUUAGGGAAGUCUAUGAUAUAACAAUGAAACGUUAGGUAUGAUCGGACGAAUCUGUAUGGUGCAAUCAAAAUGUAAUUAUUUUAUGCCACAAAAACUCAACCUCUAAAAUACCCGUCUUAGAUUUUGCGGAUUAUAGCAAAUUAAGCUAGACAAGACCUACUAUAAUUACUCGAGAUGCGCCGAAUAGUGUUUUCACCGAAUAACCGUAUACCGAAUAUCAUUCGGUUUAACAUUUACCGAACCGGAUAUUCGACCGAAAUAUUCGGUUUACAAUUACAUUGUUUUGCCGCGUAAACAGAUUCUAACAUGUACGUUAUGUUUCGCUGCUACGAUUAAGUUAAAAAUAAAAAACGAAGGUGUUUAUCUUUACAAAAAUAUUAAAAUAUUGAUAAUAUUAACUUAACAAAAAAAUAAGCUCAGAAAUGCUUAAACAAUAAACGAAUAAUUUGGCCGAAAUACGAAUAGUGAAAACAUGUCAAAUUCGGCGCAUGUCUUAUAAUUAUCUAAUACAAUAUAUGUUUCAUUAGUAUUACUAUAAUAAAAUUUUAAUAAUUAAUCUUUAGUCAUGCAAGUUAUAGCAUCAAUCUAUUAGAUCAUCAAGAAAGGCUUACAGCUUUUUGUGACUUGACACCAUACCUUAUUUUAGUCUGGCAACUAGGUUUUCCAAAAGCGUAUAUCGAAAUAAAUAUAUAGUUGUAAAAUUAAUGUGAUAUUAUCCUUGGUGGAAGUUUACUUUUAGCAUUCCCGUAGUUUUUUUACUAACCUAGCACGAAUAAUAUUUAAAAAAUAAGAAUAACUAAUAUUAUUAAAAACUAGUUCAACAAAUUACUGUAUCUUAUAAACGCGGCCUAACACGUUAGAAUAGUUAUGGUAGUAUCUUUUGAAAUGUCAGAACGUGACAAAAAAAUGUGACAAGAAUUUAGAGUUUAAACGUUAUGCCACGUUCAUUAAUAAGGGGGAAAGUUAAACGUCCUGUAAGGGAUCUGAAAAAUGUGUAAUCUUUUUGUAACAGAUAUAUUUUAAAAAGAUAAUUGAAAACAAAAUUAACAGUAGCGAUUGAUUUGCAAAAAAAUUUCGCUUUUACAUGUUAAUAUUCCAGAACAGUCUUAGGGAACGACAUAUAUGAAUCUAUCAAUUAACGGUUUUCUUUAGUUAGCGUUCACCGGGUUGAUUGGCCGUUUGUAUUCGAUCAUGCACUUAGUAGUGCGGGACGCGUGAGUUUGUGGUCUAAGUUUCUUCGACCUCGUGAACACGUGAAAGAAACCGGUUAGCCAGUGAUAAAUGGUUUCCAAAACAAUCUGUACAAAGUUAAACUGGUUCACACUAAAUAAAUAACGGUUAAAGUAGGUAUUUAUUAAAUAAUAUAAUUAGUUAUUCUUAUGGCAUCAU